UGGAAUAUUUUCCAGUGUCUUUGUACAGUUUUGUUCUCAUUUACACUUUUCAGUUUCUCUCACUAGAAAAACAGUACGAUGUUGAAAUGUGUGUGUUAGAUUCAUUUUAUUUAAGAAAUGGAGUCUUUCCCCCCUUUCUUUCCAUUGGCUUUGCCCCUUCUUUAGUUCCCCUCUCCUUUAAACAAUUUUGCCCUGCUUCACAAUACCUUUUUCACUAUUUGCUCUUUAUUUACACAUUUGAUAUCUAAUAACAAUGAAAUAAAAUUCACAGUCCUAAAGACUUAACAAUCGAUAGUCCUGGAAAUUAAAGGUAAAUCGGGAUAAUACUAUUAAGUUAAAACAGAAGAAUGAGAGAUGAUGGUGCGAAUGAAAGUCAGCUGAGUGAGUGGCCAGCACAGAUGCUAUGGAGCACAGUAAGGCUGAGGCAUUAUUGUACUGUGGGGCAGAGAAACACAGGAGACUGCUUCUGAGGAAUGGAUUUGUACAAUCGAUAUCUGCGUAGUAUCGUUGUAUCCUAAUAAAUCAAACUUUAUAUUUAGAUUCCCACUUGAGUUUGCAUCAGACUAAUAAGACUUUUGAGAGAUCAUAGAAUUUGAAGUUUGUUGAUAUAUGUCCCCUUGCAACACCCUCAGUGAUGCAGAUUCUCUCCCUCUUCCUGGAAUCUAGUGAGUCAACCACAAUGGGUAAAUACUGAUGAGUAUUGGAGCUGUGUUUCUGUUGGGCAGUCGUACUCACCUUGUUGCAUGAUUCAUGCCAACCAGAAAACAGCAUAAGGGAAGUAAUAAAGUAGCAGAGUUAAUUCAACUUGUAGCACCUGUGCGUGGUUUUCUACUAUAGUAAUUAUGCUUUUUCAGAAAUCUUUUGGUGGUAGAAUCUGCUCUGUGUUGUACACCUCCAAUGCAGCUGCCAACCAAACAGUGUCUAUCCACAAGGCAGUCAUGGUCUUUGUCUUACCAAAGCAUGGUAAAAAUUAUGAAGAAGAUCAGAAGGAAGACUAAUUUUAUUUAGGCGAGUGUUUAGCAUACAUUUGAGAGAGAGUGUCAAUAGACUUAGAGCUUCUGGGUGGAAAGAAAGACUAGGGAGAGAUCUACAGAUUGCUACUCAGAUGCAACUUCUUUCUUUUAGCGCUAAUUGCUCUGAAUUCACAAGAAUUAUGUGUUUGUCACUAUGUGCAGGACAUAUCACCAAAGAUGCUUCCAAAACCACUUAUUAAUGAUUUCUUACAAUUUCUUUCAGUUUGUAUGGAUUGAUUCUCACUGGAUCAGUGGAAAUCACUGAGAAUUUACUGGGCAGCUUCUCCUUAGACAUGUCCCCAACUUUCACACAAAAUGGUUGUGUACAGAGUACUGAUAUUUAAAAGAAAUAUAUGAAAAUGUUGCCAGGUGUUGUGCAUAUCCUUUGAGUUCAAGCUAUUUGAAAACUUGAGGCAGAGGGAUCGUUCAUGUCCAGAAAUUGAAGGGCACCAUGGAUAGCGGAGCACAAUCUCACCUUUUAAAAUAACAAUAUUAGGAACACACCAUUUGUGCGCUCUGCCAUGGUGGACAUCUCGAGAGCACCUACAUGUAUGCAACGGCGUACCAAUGGAUGAUGUGCUUUGUUCAGUUUAUAUGCUGUUCCCUUCUCCUGUCAGCUUUGAUAGUCAGCCCCUCAGGAUCAUGACAUCCCAAGAUCACUGUUUUGCAGCAGUUCACAUGUACAGAUUGGAAUAUGCUCACUUCCUAUUUUAGUUAUGAUCUUUGGCAGUAUGGUGGCACAUUGGAAAUCAUGUUUGACCUGUAUUCUAAUUUUUCUGUCGUAUUGUUCUCACCAGUCGGAAAGGAGCUGAAACCUGAGGUAAUCAUUUCCCAAGCAUAGCAUGAAGAUUCGGCUGUGUCCUAAGUCUUCAUGAAUGUAUGCUUGGUUUUCUCAUAUUGCUGUCUAAAGUUUAUUUUCCCUUUUUCCUCUUUAGAAUCACCUGACACACAUCUUCCCUUGAAGCCUGCUGUGGAAACAAAAGAUUCUGAUGGGAAGAAAGCAGUAAGAGUGAAGGAUGCACUGCCACCUCAACCAGAUUGGUGUUUGGCCUCAUGUUAUAAGACUGCUGAGAAAUCAGAGAAUUUGAAAUCUGAUGAUAAACAACCACUUGCAACAUUACCAGAAUCUGAUUGUGCCCAGAAGAACUUGUCCAGUGGGGACCCGGGACCAUCGAGGCCUGUGGGCCUUCUGAAAAACUGCAAGGUUGCAUUGCAAAGCAUCUUUGGUGAGCCAAUGCCCAAGAUUCACAAGGCUGCCCUUGAGGGCUACAAGGACCGGGUGCAGUUUCUCAUCACAGCAGGCCAUGUCCAUGACAGAGACAGGGAAUGCAGGACUGCUCUGCAUUAUGCCAGUGCCUAUGGCCAUCCAGAAGUGGUGACUCUCUUGGUAAAGAGCAAGUGUGAUAUUAAUGCCUGUGACAGUGACCAUGACACCGCUCUGAUUAAGGCUGUAAAAUGCUACGAGGAAGGCUGUGCUAGUAUUCUCUUGGAGCAUGGUGCAAAUGUAAAUAUUGCCAAUGCCAAGGGCAACACUGCUCUGCAUCUUUCGGUUUUUCAUCCAAAGUCUUCACUAACAGCAAAACUGCUUUCGCAUGGUGCCGAUGCUGAGGCAAAAAACAAGGAAGGCCUCACACCACUUAUGCUUGCUCUAAGGGAAAACAGAAUGAAAGCGGCAGCAGCAUUGUUAAAAAAGACAGAAACAAAGAAUGUGGUGAAUGAGCCGGAAAGAAAAAAUUCUCAAUGUGAAAAAAAGGAAUCUUCAAAUUCUGACAAUAGCCCUGCAGUGGUUGCAAGUGAAUCUGAGACUUCUUUAACACCAGGCAAGUACCCCUCCACUCAGGUGUAUCUUUUGCUCCAAGAAGUUUGUUUUUUAUAUCAGGUUUUAGUUCACAGCAAAAUUAAGAGGAUAUCCAAAAAUUUCUGGUUUAUUAUGUGCCUCUCACACAUGGGUUGCUUUCCUCAGGGGCCAGAGGCCUCCACUACAUUAGAAUGCUUGUUAUAGACUAUGAUUUACAGGGGUCCAUCG